AUGAAGUUUGGUCAAUUAGCAACAAGUUUUUUGGCAACUUUGUCAAUAGUUAAAGCAUUAGAAUACAAUUUCAAAGUUGUUGUAACACAUAACUUUGAUGAUCUUUAUUUUGAACCAGAGGGUUUUUUAACUUCAAUAGAUCAAGAAACAAGAUUUAAAUUCACCGAAAAUUAUUUAUUAGCUUUAAAUGAGAAUCCAUCUUCAGUUAUAUCAGAUAUUACUACACAAGAAUUUUUACUUGCUCGUUCAAUAGAUGCAGAAGGUUUAUCAAGUUGGAACUUAGUCGAUUCAGAUAUAAUAUCAUUUUCUAAAUCAUUACAUAUCUGUAGUUUAGGAGUACAGAGUUUUUUUAGCACAGUUUUAUCUGAGAAUUGUGAACCAUUUGUUGGGGAAAUUAGACGUUUCGAUUUACAAUUAAACGAGGAUCCAUCUGAAUCAGUCAUUACAGAAACUGAAACAAUUGCUCCAAUCACUACAGAAGAACCAAUUGAGCCAAUCACUACAGAAGUUGUACCAAUUGAACCAGUCACUACAGAAGAACCAAUUGAACCAGUUACUACAGAAGAACCAAUUGAACCAGUCACCACAGAAGUUGAACCAAUUGAGCAAAUCACUACAGAAGAACCAAUUGAACCAGUCACAACAGAAGAACCAGUUGAACCAGUCACUACAGAAGUUGUACCAAUUGAACCAAUCACUACAGAAGAACCAAUUGAGCCAAUCACUACAGAAGUUGUACCAAUUGAACCAAUCACUACUGAUGAAGCAACUACAACAACAGAUGAACCAGUUGAACCAACAGGCGAGCCAAUUGAAUUAGUUGAUCCUUCACAACCAUUUAGUAUUAUUGCUGCAAUAGAUGGAGUUUUUAGUCCAUUACAAUCCAACUAUACUCAUGUUACAGUUCAAAAUUUAAUUGAUGGAGUUGAUGGAGCAUUUGUAAUUACAGAUGGUUUUUUGUUUGUAAAUGGACAAUAUGUUUUUGUUGGUGAAGGUGGACUUUUAUUUGUUGUAGAUGAUGUUGAAGAAGCUACAGCUGGAUGGAGUAUGAUUGAUAAUGUUAUUAAUCUUGAAGAAACUCAAGAGUCAGUACAAAAGAAACGUUCAGAAUUUGUAAAACGUGCUGAACCAGUUGUAUUUGGACUUUGUGAAGCAGAAUCUGGUUUUGUUGUUUAUAUUAAUGGAGGUUGUUUUGAAGUUGAAACAAGUGUUGAACAAUUAAAUGAUGAACCAGGUGAAACCACUGCAGCCACCGAGGAACCUACUGCUACUGCUGAAGAAGCAAUCAUACCUGUUGAAUCAACUGCUGAAUCUACUGCUGAAGAAACAAUCAUACCUGUUGAAUCAACUGCUGAAUCUACUGCUGAAGAAACAAUUAUACCUGUUGAAUCAACUGAUGAACCUACUGCUGAAGAAACAAUUAUACCUGUUGAAUCAACUGCUGAACCUACUACUGAAGAGACACCUGUACCCGUUGAAUCAACUACUGCAACUGCACCUGUUCAAACUACUGAAGCUCCUUUAACUUCUCAAACAAUUUCAUAUACUACUCAAGUUAUUACUAUUACAAGUUGUGACGAAGCAAGCGUUUGUACAGAAAUUGUUGAAACUUCAACUUAUCCAACAACAAUUGAAAAUAAUUUAACAACUAUUGCAAAAGAAACUACUAUUACUUUAACAGUUUGUGAUGAAGAACAAGUAUGUACUGAAUCAAUUAAAGUUCAAAAAACUAUCAUAACCACUUAUUGUCCAAUUUCAUACACUACUGAAACUAUUGUUGUCCCAUGUACUACCGAUAUUACUUUUACAGUUGAAGAAUGCACAUCAGGGACUGAUUGUGAUGUUUAUACAACUGAAAUUCAAACUACAAGUUAUACUACUACUACAAUUACUUCAUAUUUAAUUGUUACUGAAGAAGGAUCAACUCAACAACCACAACCAACUACAAUUGCCGGAAAUUCAAGUGAAGAUCAACCAAAUGUAGCUCCUACUAAUCCAGUAGAACCAGAAGUAAAUCCAGAAUCCCCAACUACCGGUCCAGAAGAAAAUACUCCAUUAGUAGAUAUUGAACCAUUACCAAAUAUGGGUACUGUUACUAAAGCAAGUUAUAAAUCUAUAAUUGCAAUUAUGGCCAUAUUAUUACCAGUUUUAGUAUAG